AUGCCUUACUACCGGGAUAUUGAUGAUUGGUCUGAGACUGACGACGAAGAAGUGGAGGACGAAGUCGAAGCUGAGAGUCAUGAGGUCGAGGACGUUGAGACAGGAGACGUCGGAUAUGGCGACUCAGCAGCCGAAUCUGAGCAAGAAGUAGCAGAGACGCCACCACUGCAAAAUCUGGACAAGUCACCUAGGGUGUCUGGACUGGAAAGCUCUCCAGGCUUCGCCCAGAUCAGCGACAUUGAAAAUACAAAAAGCACAAUCGCGAAGGAUCCCACGGUCUCGACUGAUUCUGAAGCAGAGCCUGAGCCUGAUCCGGAUGGAGUAGACAAGGAUCAGCAAGAAUUGUUAAACAAUUCCACGGGACUAGUGGAGGCCAAGAAGACUGCCAAAUUCAGCAAUCAAUAUGAUACAAAAUCUACGAAUACAUUUAGGGGAACGACGACCUCACAAAGAAUCGAAACAGGACGCGAGCUUGAAGAAGAGUCAGAAGACUUGGCCCAACGAGAAAUUCUGGCAAAGUUCACGCAAAUCUCAGGACCGGGGGACGAUCAAGCAACGUAUCAACGCCCUCAGUCACAAAGCACUAUCAGCAACAGCUAUCCUGUCGAUAUGCGAGUCAGCAAUGAUGCCUGGUCAUCAUCUUCCGAAAGCGGCGAUGACGAAGACAAUCAACAUGAUGCUGGUACUCGGCAACAGCCUCCGCUAAUCUUGCUGUCCAGCGACUCUGAAGAGACCGAACCGACUAGCAAUCGGAAACGAAAAAGGACUACUCCUCUACCAACCCAAAUUGCUACUUCGGAAAGUUCCAAACGACCACGGACUUCCCUCAGGCGAAGUUCUUCUCCACACCCCCUUGCCAACGUCAUGUCGGAUCUCGGCCCUCUACAACAACCCCGUACCAUUUACCCUCAACCAGCCACUUCGACCAAACCGCAAUCAGACCAAGGACGUCUUCUCCAGCACCAUCUCCCACCAUCACUACCCCCCAUCAACGUGGUACCAGACCAAGACCCCCUCCUCCAAAGCCAUCUCAUCCACCUCCUCCCAUCUCACCUCCUGUCCGUCGGCUCUAAAAGCUUCCCAACCUCCAAUUCCACACCACCUCCCAGAUUAAUAAACUCCCACGCAUCCAACGCCACCUCCAACGACGACGAAGACUCACCCUCCCAGCCAACCUCCAAAGCCAACUCUCCACUCCCCUCAACCGACUCCCCACGCUGGCCGAAAUCCCUCCUAUCGCACAAGAAAACAGCAGUCAAAGCGCGCGAGGAACGAAAACGACGAACUCCACUCCUGAAGCUCUUCAAUCGCCGAUACCUGGCCGACCGCUCCGCCACGCUCUCGAUGGUCGGGAACCUGUCGAAAGACAGCCGGUGGGCACAACUGACGGCCGAACAGCGCGAGGCCGUGAAAGCGCAGCGCACGCUAGAGUUGAUGGAGAGGCGGUUUCGGGAAGGCAAGUCGCAGUCGGCCGUGCUAGCAAGGCUGUUGCCUCUGGUGGCACAGAAGGGGUAUUCCGAGGGCGUGUUGUUGAGGCUGUUGCUGCAGAGGGAUUCGUGCCAGAAGGUGCUCGGUGAGGUGUUGAAGGAUGUGGUGGAUGUCGAUGCGGGUGGGGAGGUGGUUCUGAAGGGCGAGGUGGGUAAGGUGGUAGCUGCACAACAGGCUCAUACUCAAGCUUCGAGGCCGGGAGUGUCUUGA